UGUGCCAAUCACGCCCUAUUUCCGGACAGUGCGUUCCACCUUACUUCCGGCCUGUGCGGUCCAACUGUCGGCCCAUGCGUUCCACACACAGGAAGUGAGUUUUUUCAGAUCCCUUAGGGUCGGUCCCUUAGGCCACUUGGUUCUUGCAUCUACCCGGCCACUCUCCGUCAACAUCAGAUUCCUCAAAGAAGCCCCCUUUUUGCUUUGAUGACAGCUUUGCACACUCUUGGCAUUCUCUCAAUCAGCUUCAUGAGGGGGAACAGCUGACUGAUAUGAAAAUAAAUUAUAUAGACAGAGAAGAAGAAAUGUAUGUGACUGAUAAGAAGCCAGAAGAUAUAGAGGGAGAAGAAGAGACGCAUGUGACUGAUAUGAAGGCAGAAGAUAUAGAGGAAGAAGAGACGUAUGUGACUGAUAUGAAGGCAGAAGAUACAGAGGGAGAAGAAGAGACGUAUGUGACUGAUAUGAAGGCAGAAGAUACAGAGGGAGAUGAAGAGACGUAUGUGACUGAUAUGAAGGCAGAAGAUACAGAGGGAGAAGAGACGUAUGUGACUGAUAUAUUAAGGCAGAAGAUACAGAGGGAGAAGAAGAGACGUAUGUGAGGGGUGAUCAGCAGUGUAAGGAGGAGGAAAUCCCUACAGAUAUCAGCACAGUAGAUGGAGGCACAAGCCGGAAUGCCUUGGAGGGAGAUCUCAUCUUGUCUGCAGAUACUAAAAUAGAAGAUAACAUCACACCAGAUUCUCCAGGAGACAGCGCUGUUAUGCUAAAUAUACAUCCAGUACCUCACAGCGCAGAUAUAUCAUCCAAUCCCUCUAAUCACGAGGACUAUUCUCCUGAUACCUCAGCUUUUGUAACACAUAGUGCAGCUCAUACACCUGAUAAUAUAUUCCCCUGUUCCGAGUGUGGGAAAUGUUUUACACUUAAAUCACAUCUUGUUACACAUCAGAGAAGUCACACAGGUGAGAAGCCAUUUCCAUGCUCUGAGUGUGGGAAAUGUUUUACACUUAAAUCAUAUCUUGUUACACAUCAGAGAAGUCACACAGGUGAGAAGCCAUUUCCAUGCUCGGAGUGUGGGAAAUGUUUUACACUUAAAUCAUAUCUUGUUACACAUCAGAGAAGUCACACAGGUGAGAAGCCAUUUCCAUGCUCUGAGUGUGGGAAAUGUUUUACACAGAAAUCACAUCUUGUUACACAUCAGAGCAGUCACACAGGUGAAAAGCCAUUUACAUGCUCUGAGUGUGGGAAAUGUUUUACACAGAAAUUAAUCCUGGUUAGCCAUCAGAGCAGUCACACAGGUGAGAAGCCAUUUCCAUGCUCUGAGUGUGGGAAAUGUUUUACACUUAAAUCAAAUCUUGUUAGCCAUCAGAGAAGUCACACAGGUGAGAAGCCAUUUCCAUGCUCUGACUGUGGGAAAUGUUUUACACAGAAAUCACAUCUUGUUACACAUCAGAGAAGUCACACAGGUGAAAAGCCAUUUCCAUGCUCUGAGUGUGGGAAAUGUUUUACACGUAAAUCACAUCUUGUUACGCAUCAGAUUUCACACAGGAGAAGCAUUACUAUGAGUUGAUACAAAACAGGGUUGAAGCAACACUCCUGUCACACACUAUUUUAACACGUUAUGUUAUCCUUCCACAGAUAAUUGGAAUGUGUGUCAUUAAUAUAAGAUGACUAGAUCACUCCAGCAAAACUUUUAGUAAUUUCUCCUAUAUAUUUUUCUGUAUAAUAUUUCCUAUAUAUGUAAUUUAGUCUAGAUGUUGCCAGCACUCUCCACAGUAAUACCAGACCACAUAGCUGUUAUGUAUGGGUUACAUUGUAUGGAUUUCAGUCACAGAUAAACGAUAAAACACA